UGGCGAGAGCACCGAAACGCCGCUGAAUGAGUGGUUGUGGUGGUGAUGUGAUGAUGAUGAUGAUGGUGUGUAGGUAGAGAGAAGCAGGCAGGCAGGCAGCAGGAAUAGAGCUAGCAGCAGCAGGCAAAAGGAAGGGAACGACGACGAAUCAGUUGUGGCAGUGCUGCAGGACGAUCGAGUGUGCGUGUGUGUGUGUGUUCUCCCCCUUUUCGUGCCUCGUAUUCACUUGGUUUGUGGAAGUUUACGUUGAUUAUUGUUUGUUGUUAUUAUUGCGGCUCGGAUUUAUGUAAGAAUCUGCGAGAGAAGAGCAGGAAAGCAGCGGGAAAGGUCAGGAUAGGAACGGACGUAAACAUAGGAGAGCCUUAGAUACGAGGCGCACCAGCAAGCAACACAACCGUUCGUGAAGAAGUAAGGAAGGAAGGAAGGAAGAAAGAAAGAAGGAGUAGGAGUAGAAAGAAGAAGGAGGAGGAGCAACAACAGCAGGAGGAGGACGAAGAAGAAGAAGUAGUCUUCUUUCUAGUCUUUGAGGGAGUGGGUCUGUCUCGAGAGAGAGGAGAGAAGAGCGCGAGCGUUGUUUCGCGCGAGGCGGCUCAGGAAAAGGAUCGUUCCGAGAGAACUAAGAAAGAAAGAUAGAAAGAAGACAGAGACGAGUGUAGAGAUUGUUGUGAGGUGGUGCUGGUGGUGGUGGUGGUGGUUGCGGUGGUGAAUUCAAAUUGCACACAGUAGUAGUCUCCAAAUGAUUACUCAUUUAUGGCGAUACAAACAUUUCAACUCGGCGUUGUGCUUGCAAUAGGAUUGUCUCUGGCCUCUGCGACAUUGAAUGCAGUGGCCACAGAAUCGACGCCGAUUCCGCUCUCAUUGGACAUCGUCGAUCCGCCGGAAGAUGUCGUUCUGGUGCGAGGACACUCGGCGAUGCUGCCGUGCGUGGUGCGGUCGCCGAAGAAGACGGGCGGUUUCCGUGUUCGUUGGAUGUUGAACGGCACUGUUCUUCCGGACAACGAUGGAAAGUGGCGUAUCCUGAAGAACGGCACACUUAUAGUGCCGAAGAUGUCGGGGAAGAAGCUCAGCGGUAACAGUCUCGAGGGCAACUACCGAUGCCUGGUGGAGAACGCUGACGGAGCUCUGCUCUCGAAACCGGCCCGCGUCCGAUUCGCCUUUUUGGGCGAGUUUAAAAGCGAGCCGAUAGACGACAUCAUAUUUUUAUCGCGACCGGCGAUUAUUCCAUGUAGUAUUAACUCGCUCCCUGCGGCCCAGGUCCAAUGGGAACGCGACGAUUUACCUCUACCUCAAAGCACAAGAUAUGUUCCUCUACCUACAGGAUCUUUAUUGAUCAAUAAUAUACAUUCCUCAGACGCUGGUACUUACAGGUGCAAAGCUUUUAAUUCCGUGAUGAAUAAGACAAAAUUGAGCAAUUACGGAAUUGUGAGCAUGGCCAGAGCCGACAAUUUGAAUUAUAAUCCUAACGUUGUUAUACCUCCUUAUAUAUUACCCAUAGAUAUAGGUUUCAAUGUUACUGUGUUAGUUGGAGAUGAUGUUAUAUUAUAUUGCAUUGUUGAUGGUCGGCCUAUGCCUACCGUCCAUUGGUUAAAUGAUAUGAAAAUCGUUAUUGGUAAUUCUAGUUUACUUGUGAUAAAAAACGUUACUGUGAACGCAACCGGAACCUACACUUGCUCCCUCUCCAACGAAGUUGGACAGACCAAGCAGCAAUACUACGUGUCGGUCCAGAAGUUGCCCAAAUUCAAAGACAACCCCGUCUCGCGGGUCUAUCCCUCCGGCAAAACCAUUCGUCUAGAUUGCAUGGCCUCGGGUGUGCCGGAACCAACGAUUGUCUGGUACAAGAACGGAAAACCCUUCACGCAGAAUUCCAUCUAUGGGCGCGCACAUCAGCUGCACACGGGCCUAAUCAUCAGCUACUCGAUCGCCUCGGACGCAGGUUUUUAUCAGUGCGUGGCGAAGAACUCUGCCGGAAGUGUGUGGGCUUCUGCUCUGGUCAAGUUGAAUUCAUCUUCGAACAGCCCGAAAGCCCCUACAAACGUGAGCUGCCAAUCAUACAACGAUACCAGCGUCUGUCUGCGAUGGAACAGUGUGCCGGACGCUCAAGCGUACAGUAUCUUGGCCUACCAUGCAGGUUCACGUUUGAAGGAUUACGUGACAAAUGAAACGUACAAGCUCGCCAAUGGCCUACUGCCCAAUACCAACUACACAUUCUCAAUUCAAACGUAUUCGAGAGCUGCCAGCAACGAGUACGUUCAAGUGCAGUGCGAUACCGGUCGAAUAGGUGAGCGAAAUCUGAGGGUGCGAAAGGUGGGCGAUUACUCGGUCGCUCUGAGCUGGUUGGAAGUUGGAAGCGAUCGCAUCGUGUGCGGAAGCGAUGUACCGAUCGUUUACAAAGUGCAGUGGAGAAAGGUCAACCAGACUUCGAUCAAUAUGCAAGAGGUCUCGGGCCUAACGAAGAUCAUCAGAGGCGUGCAGGAGAGCGUACCCUACGAGUAUCGGGUGCAAUCGACGAAUACGAUGAGCGAAAAAGAUGUUUGGGUGGAGUUCGAGUUGGAUCCGCUCGAGAACGUCACCAGGUUGAGGGAAUUCGAGCCGGGCGAUUACAACGACUCGAUGAGCGUACCGCUGGUGCCAGAUACGGUGGAAGCGAUGCCCACCACACCGUACAGUAUUAACAUCACGUGGACGGACUCGAACGAAGUCGAAAUCACGUAUGUGCUGUGCUACACGGCCGUACGAGAUAAUCGAGACUGCGACCAAUCGAGACUCGUAGAGAGUGUACAUAAAUGGACGGAGGUACAGAAUCUGAAACCAAACACCCAGUACGAGUUUCGCGUGAGGGCGUACAAUGCUGGAACCUACAGCCCCUACUCGUACGCCGUUCAGGUGGUCACUCCCUCGGACGUUCCAACGGCCGUGCUAGACUUGAAAUACAGAAUAGUGAACUCGACUGCGGCCUGCGUUAGAUGGGAUCCUCCGAUGUACGAGAACGGAAGGCUCACCGAGUAUUUGAUCAAGUACUCGCCGAACAACAGUUGGCCGCUGGAGAGGUGGUUUGAGCGCACAUUGGAUGUUUCAAAUUUGGGACCGGGAUGCUGGGGAACGCAUUCGGUUUCGAUAGUGUUGACCGAUUUGGAUGAGGAAAAGCAGUAUAUGCUGAUCGUGGUGGCUCUGAACGAUGCCGGCAUAGGUAGUCCUACGAUUCCCAUCACCGUCAGCACCAAAUACCAUUUGCUGUUGGACGAUUUGCUGCCCACGAACAACGCGUCUCCCAAAACUGCCAACUACAAUCAUCGCAUGAUUUUAGGCAUACUCAUCGGAGUCGUACUGUCUGCGUUGAUCCUCUUUCUGGUCAUCAAUAUCAAGUGCUUCAGGCGGACCUACUUCAAGGGCCGACGGUUGUCUAGGAACAACGGAGCUGCUUCUUCCGACGCCAGCAAUCAACAACAAGAAGUGCGCGUCCCGACGACCACCGACGUGAACAUUAUUGCCGGUAACGAAUACGAAAUGCAGCAGCUAGUCAGCCCCGUCUCUGAAACCACUCACAUUCCGCCCUUGCAACCGGCCGUCUACCUGGACACGAAGGGUCCGGCCAAAUAUCCGAACAACCGAAAGCAGGUAGCCAACGGGAGGAAGCUGCUUUUCAACAACGGCGUCAACGCCGCCCAGCUACGCAUCACCGAGAAUCCACAAUACUUUGCGAAUAAGAAAGUUGUCGGAGAUGAUUCGACGAACAACCGUCUUCUGCACCACGAGGAGUACGAGGAGGAGGAUUCCAAUUCGAACCUGCAAAAGUUCAGCCUGAGCAAAAUUCGGAACGCAACGGGUAACAACGAUUUGCACAAUUCCUCCUUAGACUCUGACAUGGACCUGACGCAGACCACGCACCUGGACGACUCGAGGAUGUCGCGAUUAUCGCCCGCCCUUGGUCCUAACGGUUGACCAAUAGAAAGCACGC